CUAACUGAAAAACUAACCAUAUCUCAUUUUCCUUGAUGGGGAUGAUGCCUGAGUCUCAGACUUCUAUAGAGCUUCCUGUUUUUGACAUUGGGCAGUCUCAGCCUUUUGAUCCAUCAUCUCUUUCAUCCCUCUUGUUGGCCUGCAAGGAAUGGGGUUUCUUCCACAUAACUAACCAUGGAAUCUCCAUGGAUCUUUUCAAGAAGCUCAAAUCUCUCUCAAACUCUCUCUUCUGCCUCCCUUCUGUUUCCAAGCUCAAGGUUGGGCCUUCAUCAUCCUUGAGGACAUACACUCCCCAUUUCAUUGCCUCCCCUUUCUUUGAGAGUUUUCGUGUUUCUGGACCUGACUUCUUCACCUCUGCACAGAGUUCUGCAGAAGUAGUCUUCAACCACCCGAAUUCUGAAUUCAGUGAGGUGUUCCAGGAAUACUGUACCAAGAUGUCUCAGCUCUCAAAAAGAAUGAUUGAGGUUGUACUGAUGUGUCUAGGAAAUGAUUUUGAGAAGAGACUAUAUGAAUCCGAAUUCAACAACUGCAAUGGUUAUUUGAGAAUCAACAACUAUUCACCACCAGAGAGCACAAAAGAAGUAGAAGGGCUAGGCAUGCACACUGACAUGAGCUGCAUCACAAUUGUAUAUCAGGAUGAGAUUGGUGGGCUUCAAGUGAGAUCCAAGGAAGGGAAGUGGAUGGACAUAAACCCAUGUGAAGGAACACUGGUGGUGAACAUUGGGGACUUGAUGCAAGCUUGGAGCAAUGCAAAUUUAAGAUCAUCUGAGCACCGAGUUGUGUUAAAACAACAGCAUGUAAACCGGCUCUCCCUCGCUUUCUUUUGGUGUUUUGAAGAUGACAAGGUAAUAAUUUCACCCAAUGAAGUGGUUGGAGAAGGGAAUUCAAGGAUCUACCAACCAUUUGUUUGUGCAGACUAUUUGAAGUUCAGAGAGAGCAAUGAGAAAGGGAAGUUUGAGAAAGUUGGGUUCACUGUAAAAGAUUUCGCUGGUAUUGGGGAAUGCAUGGAGCUUCUUUAAGGUACUGUUUCAUUGUUGAGUGAGAACGAAGAACUAAAAAUAAAGAAGAAUGGUUCAUUGGGUUAUAGCAGAAAUGGAAUCUGGGGGGGUGUUUAAGCUUGUUAGAUCACAUUCUUUUUAGUUCAUUGCAAGUCUUCACUUUGUGUGCUUACCACUUACGCCCUAUUCAUUGUAUGUGGUGGUUUAUUUGUUCAUGUUUCCCCUCUACUACUCACCACUUUUCUAAUAAGACCUUUCGCUUGUGUA